AUUCUCUGCAACGAUGGACUUACUCAAGGAGUUCCAAGACAUUCUUCCUGACGAUCUUCCGAACGAGCUACCGCCAUACCGAACGCAUCAACACGAGAUCGUGGAGGAACCGGGUUCGAAGCCGACCUUCCGAGCACCAUAUCGGCUCUGCCCUACGGAGCUGACCGACAUGAAAAAACAGAUCAAGUAUCUCCUAGCCAAAGGACUCAUCCGACCAUCCACUUCGCCAUACGGUGCCCCAGUACUCUUCACACCGAAACCGGACGGAAGCCUGCGCAUGUGCAUCGACUACCGAGCUCUUAACAAGCAGACAAUCAAGAAUAAAUACCCGAUACCGCGAAUCGAUGACCUGCUUGACCAGCUUCGGGGAGCUACGGUAUUUUCCAAACUGGAUCUGCCGUCCGGAUACUGGCAGAUACGGAUGACGGACAACUCUAGCAACAAAACUGCUUUCCGAACUCGGUACGGAUCGUACGAGUAUUUGGUAAUGCAGUUCGGACUCCCCAACGCACCAGCAACGUUUCAAGCUGAAAUGAACCACAUUCUACGACCACUUUUGGACGAGUGCGUGGUGGUGUACCUGGACGACAUCCUCAUCUACUCGCACGACAUGAAGUAGCACGUCGAACACCUGCGACGCGUCUUUGA